UAGAGCGCCGCCGUCGUAAAAAAUCCACCCGGUCGUUGUCUGAACGAGACUUGGAGAAAACAAAACAACCUGAAUUUUAAUAUAUAUAAAAUACAAAUUUAUUAAUUUAGUUUAAUUAGUUAUUGUAAACGUUAAACAAUAACUCCGAUCAACCAUGUCCAUCGAAAUAGAAUCUGCUGAUGUUAUCCGCUUGAUACAACAAUAUCUCAAGGAGUCCAAUUUGUACAAAACCCUUCAAACUCUGCAGGAGGAAACCGGGGUUUCCCUUAACACCGUCGACAGUGUUGAUGGCUUUGUCCAGGACAUAACAAACGGACAUUGGGAUACAGUACUUAAAGUGACACAGAGUCUCAAAUUGCCAGACAAAAAAUUGUUGAAUUUAUAUGAACAAAUAGUUCUCGAAUUAAUAGAACUACGAGAGUUGGGUGCAGCGCGUUCAUUACUGCGACAAACAGAUCCAAUGAUAAUGUUAAAGCAACAGGAACCGGAACGGUACAUACAUUUGGAAAAUAUGCUUCAGCGGGCCUAUUUUGAUCCUCGAGAAGCUUAUCCGGAAAACAGCAGCAAAGAGAAACGUCGACAUACCAUUGCUCAAGAGUUAAGCGGUGAAGUACACGUAGUGCCAUCAUCUCGUCUCUUAGCUUUACUUGGCCAAGCAUUGAAGUGGCAACAACAUCAAGGUUUAUUACCGCCUGGAACAACGAUCGAUUUGUUCCGUGGUAAGGCCGCAAUGAAAGAUCAAGAAGAAGAAAUGUAUCCAACACAAAUGUUUCGUCAAAUAAAGUUCGGUCAAAAAUCUCACGUGGAGUGUGGUCAAUUUUCACCUGAUGGUCAAUAUCUCAUAACAGGCAGUGUUGAUGGUUUCAUAGAAGUUUGGAAUUUCACAACCGGUAAAAUAAGAAAGGAUUUGAAAUAUCAAGCACAAGAUCAGUUUAUGAUGAUGGAACAAGCUGUUCUGGCAUUGGCCUAUUCGCGAGAUUCCGAAAUGGUUGCGUCCGGAUCACAGGAUGGCCAAAUAAAGGUAUGGCGCAUAAUGACUGGCCAGUGUUUGAGAAAAUUUGACAAAGCCCAUACUAAGGGUAUAACAUGUUUGCAAUUUUCACGUGAUAACAGUCAGGUUUUAAGUGCGUCUUUCGACCACACAAUACGACUGCACGGCCUCAAGUCCGGAAAAAUGCUUAAAGAAUUUAAAGGGCACACUUCAUUUGUAAAUGAGGUAACAUUUACACCAGACGGUCAUAGUGUACUCAGUGCUUCAUCGGAUGGAACUGUAAAGAUCUGGUCUUUGAAAACCACUGAAUGUUUAUCUACCUACAAACCUCUUGGCAAUGAGUUGGCCGUCAAUACAGUGUUAAUUUUACCCAAAAAUCCUGAACAUUUCAUUGUUUGUAAUCGUUCAAAUACUGUGGUCAUUAUGAAUAUGGCUGGACAGAUUGUGAGGUCAUUUAGUUCCGGUAAAAGAGAAGGCGGUGCAUUUAUAGCAGCAACAUUAUCACCCCGAGGAGAAUUCAUUUAUUGUGCUGGAGAGGAUCAAGUGUUGUAUUGUUUUUCCGUUUCGUCGGGAAAAUUGGAAAGAACUUUAAAUGUACAUGAAAAAGAUGUAAUCGGUUUGGCCCAUCACCCACACCAAAAUUUAUUAGCCACCUACAGUGAAGAUGGUCUGCUGAAAUUAUGGAAACCUUAAAUAUUAUAGUAGCCUAUGUAAGUUAGGUUUAAUUAAUUUUAUAUAUAAGUAGACUAGUUUUCAUUCAUUCUGUAAGACUAUCAAAAAAGAAAUAAAAAAAAAACAUUUGACUGCUCCCUCAUAACAUUUAAAAGAA